GAUGGGCCUUCAAUUAUGAUAGAGGGACUGAGGCCGAGGGUGUACCCUAACCUUUCACAAAGGCUGACCCAUGGCCCGCCACAUCGUAUCCUUGACCGAGUAUACGCAGGGGAGCUAGUCGGUUGCAAGGCUCUUGCCUCUAGGGUCGAGCAAAUUCGCCCAAUCAUCCAUAUCUUUGGUCAUAUACACGAGGCACGAGGGGCAAUUGUACACUAUUGGCCAGAAGAACCAGAUCAAGCGCAGGAAGAAUCUUCACAACAAGCCGUCAUGAGUUCUAAUAAAGAUCUGGUUAGCCAAAAGAUUACCAUUGAGACACUUGUUCAACAGGUUGGAGGGGCUAACGUGGGUUCCGUUUAUUGGCAGCGCUUGUGUGCAGAACACGGCAUAAACAAAGAAGGUAUUCUUGAAGAAUGGGCAACAGAAGGAGGUGAUAGAAAGGAUGUUAUCAACAAUAUUCUCACAUCCCCUUUUGCAAACUUGUACAAUCCGGAAAACAUCUUCGUCUCUAAAGAUGGCGGUGGCGCAGGCAACAUCUGGGCUCAAGGAUACGGGGCAGGCGAAAAGAUAUAUGAAGAAGUGAUGGAAAUGAUUGAUCGUGAGGCGGAAGGAAGCGACUCUUUAGAGGGCUUCAUGCUUAUGCACUCCAUCGCCGGUGGGACAGGAUCUGGACUAGGUUCCUUCGUCCUAGAAAGGCUCAACGAUCGGUUCCCGAAGAAGUUGAUCCAGACUUACUCUGUGUUCCCCAACCAUGCCGAACCAGAUGUUGUUGUCCAACCUUACAACUCUCUACUCACGCUUAGAAGACUUGUGGAUCAUGCGGACUCCGUGGUUGUUUUGGAUAAUGGGGCAUUGUCUCGGAUAGCAGCAGACAGAUUGCACAUACAAAACCCCAGUUUCGAUCAAACAAAUCAACUGGUUUCUACCGUUAUUGCAGCUUCUACCCAAACACUCCGGUAUCCCAGUUACAUGAACAACGACUUGGUCGGCAUUGUUGCGUCUCUGAUCCCUACACCUCGAUGUCAUUUCCUCAUGACGUCCUAUACCCCUUUCACUGGUGACCAGAUUGAUCAGGUGCACCAAUCCCUACUGAGGAUUCGUGAACGACAGCUGGCUAACUUCAUCCCCUGGGGCCCGGCUUCUAUUCAAGUCGCACUGACGCGCAAGUCACCAUAUAUACCUGCAAGCCAUCGAGUCAGUGGUCUAAUGUUGGCGAAUCAUACUAGCAUCGCAUCUCUGUUCAAGCGUAUGCUGGACCAGUACGACAGAUUACGAAAGAGGAAUGCUUUCUUGGAACAAUAUAAAAAGGAGAAGAUUUUCGAGGGCGGAUAUGAAGAAUUCGAUGACUCGAGAGCCGUGGUUGAGGAGCUAUUGAAAGAGUAUAAAGCAUGCGAAAGUGCGGACUAUAUAUCUUAUGUAAGGAUAUGUCUUGGUUUAUUCGAGACAAGGCUAACGGGAUCUCUUAGGGAGCCGGCGACGCUGAGGCAUCGUGAUGAUGACCAGGUUGUACCAUUAGUUCCUGUAUCUGUAUUCCAACGACUUAACCCAGGACAUUGA